GAGCGUUGCUUGAAUAUGCCAUACCUACUGCCCUUAAAAGGCAUCUAGUAGAUGGUGGGCAGGACAUUUGCAUACGUACUGCUAUAAAUUUGAUAGACUCGCCUCUGUACACCAGAGCGCGCCGGUCCGGGGAAGAAAGCGACAUCCCACACAACCCUUCACCUCGCACAGACAGCAGUAAAACUCAAUUUGCAGUUUGUCGUAUACGGAACGGACAGAAGAUGACUCCUCACUUUGCGCUUGUCCUGUCUCUGACAAUCCUGGCUUGGGGCGUCCACUCAGAGCCCAUGUCUCCAGACGACCAACAGGCCAGCGAACUGCCGGCAGACGAAGAUGAGCCAUUAUCCAACCUUCAGGAAGCGAAGAUGCUCUUGAGAGAACUGGAAGAAUUGGCCGGCGAAGAAAGGAUGACCGAAAACAACGAUGACUUGUCUGUACUUACCGAGAAAAGAACUUAUGCUUUGCACGACCCAAACGUUGCAGCUGGAAGACCUGCAUAUCAGUCGAGCACGGGCUAUGGAGGUAGCCCAGGCCGCGCUGUAGACGGGGGGAGGAGCUCUCACUGGGGACACAACUCCUGCACCCACACACACGCCGAAACCAACCCGUGGUGGUACGUUGACUUGGGAAAGGCAGUCACGGUUGACCACGUGGCUAUCGUCAACAGGCAGGACUGCUGCGCCGACAGGAUCACCCCGCUUGACGUCCAUGUUGGGUACAGCACUGAGGUGGCGAGGAACGCGAGGUGUGGGGAUCAUCACCAGUUUCCGAACGGGCAGAAAGAGCUGACUGUCGGCUGUGGUGGGAAGCGGGGCAGGUACGUGGGGAUCAGGCUGCCGGGCAACCAGAGAAUCCUGACGUUGUGUGAAGUGGAGGUGUAUGCAGCUCCAAACCGAGCCCUGGGACAGCCUGCCGUCCAGUCAAGUGUUGGAUGGAGUGGAUUUUCUACCCGAGCGGUGGACGGCUGCCGCGACCCCAACUACGGCCAGCAGUGCUGUACCCACACCCAGGCCCAGACCAAUCCCUACUGGUCCGUGGAUCUGGGUUCCCAAAAACGAGUGCAAUGGGUGGUCAUCACCAACCGCAGGGACUGCUGCCGUGGGCGACUCAACCCCUUCACCAUCCACAUCGGGAACUCCGCUAACGUCGCGAGCAACCCACGCUGCGGCGGCCAUCACACCAUCCCCGCCGGCAAGGACAAGGAUGCCAUCAACUGUAACGGGAUGAGGGGACGAUAUGUGGGGAUCCGACUGCCAGGCCACGGCCGUAUGCUGACACUGUGCGAGGUCGAAGUCUAUGAAGGUAGUGGAUACAAGAAGAGGACAUCUGACGUACGAGGCAUUGAGGGUCAGGGCUGUGGAGAACAUGAGGAAGGAGACGUCUGGCUAUCUGAUGAGGAUAAACACAACUGCAUCUGUGACCUGAACGAAGCGGUGUGCACCAAGGUGGACUGUGGGGAGGAUGGGGAGGACCAGGAGCCUACCAAGGACGAAGACGGAAUGUGGUCCUGCCCCGAGAUUCCAGAUGCCACGAGUGAGGAGGAACUGGAGCCGGGAAUACCGGACGAAACUGCCAGGGCCAUGGUGGGGGAACUCCAGGCCUAACAGGACAGAGUCGCUGAGAACUGCUCCCGUCUGCAGCGGCCGCUGUAAAAUGAGGAGCCCGUCAAACGGACGUCGACUCGGUGUGCCUUGCGUGUGUUUGCAUCGCAGAUAAAAUAGUCCGAACAAAAAAUUGCAGAAUCAUGCUUCAAAACCUUUUUCAAUGCAUAUGAAAUCUGAUAGGAUGAAACAGCAAUGGAGUGUGUGAAGAGAAGUAAACUUUUAAGGCAAGUGAUCAGAAGUUAGCUACAAACUUUAGUCUGCAAUGUUUCAAAUUAGAUAUUUCUGUUUGAGAAUUCUGUUCUAUUAGUCUGGUGGUGAACUAAUAAGCAUUUAGCCCAGGUCCGUAUAAUAUAGCUCCGGAACACCGAUCUCUAAACCUACGUUUUCAGUACCUUUCGAUCAACUUUCUGUAUGCAAAGGAUAGCGUUUUAUCCAGUAUAGGAUUACCAGUUUAUUGUCAAUUUUUGUUAGUGAAAAGUAAAACAAAGUCAAAAGUUGCAUAUUUUUUACUAAUAGCUUUAGUUUCAUGACAUGUACACAGAAUCUUCAUGUGAUUCAAACAACACUGACGGGAAAUAUCUGUUAUUCGCGCUCAUUCUAUAGUUAUGAUUUUGAUUAUUUUACAUAAUCACCCUCUAUACCUGCUACAUUGUACUUGUAUAGUAUCCAAGGUAUAGUAUCCAUUCCAGUAAUUAAUGCAUGAGUUGUAAUUGACAAGUGAGAAAACAUCAUGUGAGGUGUAGAAACCAUACAAGGAUGUGGAAGGAGGAUGUUUAACACCAGGGAGAAAAUUGUCGAUGUGACUUGCCGUUGGAUCAGAAGUUAAUGAUCAGUAUCAUGAUUCAUAUAGUAAGGUUCUUUUAGCACAACCAGAAAAUAACUUACUUCCGACGUUUCGGUGUCUGUCAGACACCAUCAUCAGGGUGGAAUGACGGGAACUACUUCUUGCUGCUACUUAUAGCCGA